AUGGACCCGCUCAAGGACCCGCCUCCAUUUGGAGAUGGGGUCAACAAUGGAGCCUCAUUAGAAUCCCAUUGUGAAUUGGUAGACUCUUUGAAUCGCAUGACUCUCGCGACAGCAAUCACCACCCCGUUGCCAACUUCACCUGUAUUGUCUGCCCAGAAUGUCUCGCUCUCGGAACUCCCCCACACAUCGCGAGCUACUACAAGUGCGAGCUUUGUUUCUACUGCCGAUGCUGUUCCCCCUCGAGAAGAACACCGCAAGCCUGUUCCUGUUCCUGUUCCUGCACUACAAAAGCGCAAGUCGGCUGCUUCUCUGCGCGUGGUCUCACAGCCUCACAAGUCUUCAUCGCCGACUCCGCAGACCCCUCGCCGCAGUUCAAUCAAUCUCGCGGCGUCACCUGUGACCACCACGCCGUCCAGCAUGCUCCCGCAAGCAUUAGCCUUUGAUUCUAACGUGGAGCAAUCCGUUCCAACGGCUGCGUCUAUUGCGGCAGAGCUGUUUACCCAAGAAUGGGGCUUACACCAAUCCACUGACAUCUCAACCAAAACAAUCGCUCUGGUCCAUGACGCAUGUUAUGGGCACCUCUUUUCUCGCCUCGGAUACACGGACCAGUACUUGCAAGAUAUCGUUGAAAGACCAGAACGGAUUCGCUCCAGUGCUCUUGGUAUCGCUGCGGCGUAUGUUCGCCUCGGUCAACGAUAUGCGGGAGAACGAUAUGCUCCCAGUCCAACACUCGACGUCCGUACACUGCCUGUGCCCUUCAAUAUCCGCAAGACAGAUCGCAAGUUGGCCAUUCAGAGUCCAACUGUUACAGAAGUACAUGGUUUCUCAUGGAUGUCUGAAUUCAAGGACAUAUGCAAUCGCGCUGAGUCGAAACUUGCCAUGGGUGCCGACGAACUUGCCCGAUCUUACAUCGUUCAGCAUGAAAAGGUCGUCCCAAUGGGCGAUGAACUGCACUCUGGUGAUCUUUACCUCGGCCCCGAGUCCUUGAAUGCAAUUCAAGGUGCAUUGGGUGGCGUCUGCGAUGGCGUCGACGCUGUCCUUGGACCUGGUCCAGUGGAGCGGGCUUUCGUCUGCAUUAGACCUCCUGGCCAUCAUUGUACCUCGGACUGGCCCUCUGGGUUUUGCUGGAUCAACAAUGUUCAUGUCGGCAUUUCUCACGCAGUCAUCAACUACGGCCUCACCCAUGCUGCUAUUAUCGAUUUUGACCUUCACCAUGGAGAUGGUUCUCAGGACAUUGUCUGGAAGCACAGCGCCCGGCAGCAAGAUCACAAAUUUAAAAAGCUGGCAGCAAAUAACAUCAAAAGAAGACAGCCUCCGCCUCUUUCGCCAUAUGAAGCAACACCAAUCAGCUAUGUCAGUCUUCACGAUAUUGAAUCCUUCCCUUGUGAAGAUGGCAACCUUAUAAAAACGACCGGUGCUAGCACUUGUAUUGAAACAGCUGACAGGUCCAUCUGGAAUGUGCACUUGGAUGAGUGGAAAAAGGAAUCAGAGUUCUGGGAACUGUACGAAAACAAAUAUUCGAUAUUGAUCACCAAGACCCGCUCUUUCUUGCGCCGGUUCUCAAAGCAGGUUGCUCAAGACUCCGGAGGCCGUCCACCCAAGGGCGCCAUUUUUAUCUCAGCUGGCUUCGAUGCGAGUGAAUGGGAGAACUCGAAUUUGAACCGCAAGUCCAAAAAAGUGCCCACUGAGUUCUAUGCCAGGUUCACCGCCGACAUUGUUCGCAUGGCCCAGGAGAAAGACCUUGGCGUGGACGGUCGUAUCAUCAGCGUUCUUGAGGGAGGGUACAGCCAACGUGCUCUGUACACCGGUGUUCUGGGCCACCUGGCUGGCUUGAAUGACGAAAAUGGGCCCGGUGCUGCUUAUUCUUACGACCCCGCAUGGUGGUCCUCUGCCAGUGUGAGAGAUCUCGAGAGCACCAUAGCCGGCCCGUCUAAGCCUCGAGGAUUCUUGAGCCCCACGGUCGCAUCGUCUUCUCGGCUUGCGGCCUCUAGCCAAGACCGCAAGUCUGGUGGGGAUGACCUACCUGAGGUCAGCUGUGCUGUGGCAACCCAUGAGCUCUCGAAGCUCAUCAUUCCAUCCGAUAUCCGCACGACAAGCUACACCGCAGCAGAUCUUCCGAAGCCUCGCAUCUCACGUCGAAAGACUGGAAAUCUUGGGGAGACAACCCCUUCCGAGGACCUCCUGACAGCAACCCGCCUCCGCUCACGAGCUUCCAAAACACCCACUCCCCCUUUGCCCUCUACACCUCCUGCGCGUCCACUGUCCACUCCGAAAUCUAAAGGGGCCACUUCUCGCCGGCAGUCGGGUCGUCCCAAGACCCCGAGAACUGCCGCUAAGGCUUCCGUGCCUGAGGUGCCCCCUGUGCCAGCUGAGCACCUUCCUCUGAAGCGAGAAGAGCCCGGGACACCCACUCCGCCUCUCACGCGUUUGGUUCUGAGGGGUCCCGCGACUCCCUCUUUUCAUGGAGAUGGGGUGGAUCAGACUGACCACAUGGAGGAUUGA